CAAGUCUCAUCGGACCGCCAAAAGAAGACAGAAGGCAAAUGGCGACGAGACUGAAGAGAGUGAGCUUUGACAGGAUGCAGAGAAGCGUAGUUGAUCAUUCGCCAUGGAUGCCUGUAUUCCCUGCCGCCGGCCUUUUUUGCAUUCCUUCGACGUCAACCUACCUUCCUCCAACUUAUUCUAUUCCAUAAAAUAGAUUAGAUCUCCGUUUCUCACGCCCACCCGCAAAAAGAAGGUCCAAAGUGCUCAUGGAGGUCUCGGGCCGCGUCUCGUCUGCCAGGAACUCGUCGCUGCUGUUGCCGAGGUCGCCUGCGAGGAGUAGGGAGGAAGGCGGGGGAGGAGGAGGGGCAGGCAUGCAGGCGCUUCGGCGGCUGGUGAGGCGAGUGAAGCCCUUCGAGCAUGUCGGCCUUCUAGGGUUCGUCGUCUUCACCGCCGCUCUGUUCCUGUCGCUGCUCUGCUCCGCCCACUCGGACUACAGCUGGGUGUGCACCGGUGGCGGAGGGUAUCGGGGGCUGUGGGUCUCUCGGACGAAGGGCGGCGGUGUGGAGAGAGGGAGGAGCGACGGCAGCGGCGGCGGAGAAUGCGAUUGGUCCGAGGGAGAGUGGGUGUGGGACGAGGGUUUCCGCUGCUCGGAGAACGGGCGGUCCGAUCGAUUCUACACCAAGUGGCGGUGGCAGCCCGCUGGCUGCGAUCUCCCCAGAUUUAACACUAAGAAGAUGCUGAAGAAACUAAGGAACAGAAGGUUGGUGUUUGUUGAUGAUUCGAUAGGGAGGAACCAACGGGAGUCCCUCCUCUGCAUGCUUUCCAUGGGGGUUUCUAACAAGAGCUCGAUCUAUGAAGUCAAUGAUAGCCCAAUUACGAAAACAUAUGGGCUUCUUGGUUUUCAAAUUUGAAGAAUACAAUUGCACUGUGGAGUAUUACAGGUCACUAUUUCUGGUUCUCCAGAGCCAUCCCCGACCAGGGUUACCGGAGCAAAUUAAGACUACACUUUGACUGGAUGUCCUAGAUUGGAUAUCGAGCAGGUGGAAAGAUGCUGUUGGAACCAUUUAGAAACAUGCCCUUGGCAAAUUCAACUGAGAAUCAGGCACUAGAGUUGGCUGAAUGUAACUGAGAUGACAGUUCAAAGGAGAGAUGGCCAUUUAUCAGUAUUCUACCUUGGUUCCUCAGGACCUGCUCCUCUCCCCAAGCAGGAUUGCAGCCACUGGUACUUACCCGGGGUUCCAGAUACAUGGAAUGAGCUACUCUAUGCACUCAUUUUGAAUCGAGAACUAAGGUAUAACACUAGAUGAAAUGAGAAUCGCAGAAGCAUCGAAAUAUGACCGUCUUGGAGCAUGGCUGGAUUAGAGCUGGGACAGUAAAGUUCUGCUGUCACGAUUCCUAACUUGCAGGAAGCUUCUCAAGGACAGGUUUGCCAUAUAUCUUUGUGGAGACCUUGUAAGAACUCUGGACCAUCAGAAAUGACACUAGCAUAUAAUUUUGUUAUCCUUGUCGAUACAGACUGCUCAUAGUAGCCGAUUACAGUUGCAACAGAAGAGAUUGAUACAUUUCUUGAGUUAAAGGCUUUGCAUCUGUAUUGAAACGUAAUGUACUGCCUUCUAAUUGUGUUUUCAAAUUUCAGCUCA